AUGGAACUUAGCAAAGAAGACAUAACCUACCUCAAUAAUGUUAAAUCUGAUGUACAUGGUAGGUUCUUUCAGUUGCCUGACAGGAACACCUCUCUUAAAGACUCUUUUGAAAGAGUUAAAAUUGUAUAUAUUACUUUUGAUGAAGCUGACAAUCUUGAUGAAGUUCAGGAACAGGAAGAUUUCGAAAUUGGUUUAAUUCGUUUUACAGAUAAUUAUGAGGAAAUCUCUCCUAGAAGACAUCAAAAUGAAAUAGCAGAUCCACAAACACAAGAAACUGCUACUAACCAAGAAGUUCCUGUAAGAAGAAAUCCAAGAGCUCCUGAUCCUGAGGAACCAGAAAAUGCAGAUCCUGAGGAACCAGAAAAUGCUGAUCCUAAGGAACCAGAAAAUGCUGAUCCUGAGGAACCGGAAGAAGAUCAAGAAACUUAUGAUUUGCCUGACAGGAACACCUCUCUUAAAGACUCUUUUGAAAGAGUUAAAAUUGUAUAUAUUACUUUUGAUGAAGCUGACAAUCUUGAUGAAGUUCAGGAACAGGAAGAUUUCGAAAUUGGUUUAAUUCGUUUUACAGAUAAUUAUGAGGAAAUCUCUCCUAGAAGACAUCAAAAUGAAAUAGCAGAUCCACAAACACAAGAAACUGCUACUAACCAAGAAGUUCCUGUAAGAAGAAAUCCAAGAGCUCCUGAUCCUGAGGAACCAGAAAAUGCAGAUCCUGAGGAACCAGAAAAUGCUGAUCCUAAGGAACCAGAAAAUGCUGAUCCUGAGGAACCGGAAGAAGAUCAAGAAACUUAUGAUGCUGAGGAACAGGAGGACUCAGAACCUGAUGAAGAUGAGGUUGCUACGUUGUUGCCUGACAGGAACACCUCUCUUAAAGACUCUUUUGAAAGAGUUAAAAUUGUAUAUAUUACUUUUGAUGAAGCUGACAAUCUUGAUGAAGUUCAGGAACAGGAAGAUUUCGAAAUUGGUUUAAUUCGUUUUACAGAUAAUUAUGAGGAAAUCUCUCCUAGAAGACAUCAAAAUGAAAUAGCAGAUCCACAAACACAAGAAACUGCUACUAAUCAAGAAGUUCCUGUAAGAAGAAAUCCAAGAGCUCCAGAUCCUGAGGAACCAGAAAAUGCAGAUCCUGAGGAACCAGAAAAUGCUGAUCCUAAGGAACCAGAAAAUGCUGAUCCUGAGGAACCGGAAGAAGAUCAAGAAACUUCUGAUGCAGAGGAACAACGAUCUCAGGAAACAGAAAGGAGCUGA